AUGUUGCUAUACUCCAUAUUCUUGCACAUUGCUGUUAGGACCGCUGUUUUUAACCUCAUUUUUAAUUAUUCCGACACAUUUCUAUUAAACUCGAGAACAAAAAUGAUUAAUUCACUUAAUAUCAGGAAUUAUUUUGGUGGCCAAACCCGUGAGCCUUCCAAUGAUUCCUCGCCCGAAGAUUCCGAAAAUACCAGAACACCCGCGAGGCUAUUCAAUUCCCAGAAGAAUGAAAAUCUGGAUGAACUGUUCACAGAUUCAAGUGUUCAGGAAAUAACCGAGAGUGAGUUUAGAAGGUCAGUUAUGGGAGACGCGAAGCCAAAAGAUGACAAUGAGCCUACUAAUGUAUCUGACCCAAAAGAUGACAAUGAGACCAAACUGACGAAAUCUGACUUAAAAGAUGAUAAUGAGAUGAAGUUGACAAGACUUGACCAGUCCGAUGUAAAAAGUCUUUUGAAGUUGGAAAAGAAGGCCCUCAAGAAGGAAUUUGAUGAUGAGCCUGCGGUUGGUUCACUAUUUAACAUUUAUAUAAAGAAAUGUGAUAGUAACGACGACAUAACUUCUUCCAGAUUUGACCCAGCACUCUUCGACAUCACUCCCUACUUCCCCUCCACCAUGUGCGGAAAACCAAACAACUCCAUCCUAUUUUCAUUGGUAUCGAGUGUGUUGCAGAAGUCGGAUGACAUAUUUUGUACCGGGAAAGGGAGUAGGAAGUCGGUGUUAACGUUGUUGGCGAAUUUCUACCGAGUACUCAUCUACUAUAAUCCGCCAGAUGUGAUCCCAGUGACUUAUUUGCUACUAAACAGAAUAUGCCCCGAAUAUGAAAAUAUUGAAAUUGGAGUUGGAGACUCCCUAAUCAUCAAGUCAAUGUCAGAAGCCUACAGCAAAUCCGAAAAAAACAUCAAAUCAAAUGAUAAUAAUAAUGUAGUGUUGAAGAAGUAUGAGGAUUUGGGUUUGGUGGCGGCUGCGAGUAGCUGCACAUCUCAAUUACUCUUCAAGUUACCUGAAAAUACAAUUUCUGGCGUUUUUAAUCAUUUUAGAUCAAUUGCCGCAGUCACCGGGAAAAACUCAAAUAACCAUAAAAAGGAAAUCAUAAAAAAAUUGUUAAUAACGGCAAAAAAGGUUGAAUCGAAGUAUAUAAUAAGAUCACUGCAGCAGAGGCUGAGAAUUGGUAUUGGUCUUAACACGAUUUUCCAAUGUAUUGCUGACGCGUUUUACUUGACAAGGCCUGGGACUGUCAACCCCGUGAAAGUUGGAGAAAAUACCGGGAAAGCGUUAACUAAGCCAAUUGGAGAUGUGAGAACUGAGGAUACCCCCCCUAAGUACACAAUUGAAGAUAUGGAAUUCUCAGUGAAGACAGCAAUAACGAUGUUACCGAACAUAGAGAAGGUUGUAGGACACUUACUUGAUAAUGAUAACAGUGAACAGUUGGUAGAACACUGUAAGAUUACACCUGGAAUACCUGUAAGACCAAUGCUAGCGAAACCAGUCAACGAUCAAGCAGAGAUCCUCCAAGCUCUCGGAGGAGAUAACGUCACCUUCACUUGUGAAUACAAAUACGAUGGCGAAAGAGUACAAAUUCAUCUUCUCAAAGAUAAAUCCAUCAAGUUGUUUAGUAGAAAUAUGGAGAAUUUGAUGGAGAAGUAUCCUGAUGUGGUGGAACAUUUCAAAAAGUCUAUAAAGCCAGAUUUAGAAGAAUGCAUUAUCGAUUGCGAAGUGGUUCCAGUAGAUGAUGAAAAUAAGAUCCUAUCAUUCCAAUCUCUGUCAACAAGGAAAAGAAAAGACGUUAAUCCCAACAAUGUGUCGGUGAGGGUGUGUUUGUUUCUCUUUGACAUAUUAUACUUGAACGGAGAAUCAUUGGUGACUGAACCGCUUUCAAAGAGGAGAGAGCAUUUGUACAAUUGUGUGAACACCGUACCUGGGACAGUAGUUUUUGCAGAAAACAGAAACUUCCAGUCAAUUGAACAUAUCGAUGAUUUCUUAAAAUCAGCACUACAAGGUUUGCGUUACGGUGCUUAUUCUUGUGAAGGAUUGAUGAUAAAAACCUUGGAUGAUAAGGCGACGUAUGAACCCCAGGCAAGAUCAAACAAGUGGAUAAAGUACAAAAAAGAUUACAUUACGGGUUUAGCUGAUUCUGUCGAUUUAGUCCCCAUUGGCGCUUUCUUUGGAAAGGGAAAGAGAAUAAGUGUGUUUGGAUCAUAUUUGUUGGCUGUGUAUGAUCCAAUGCAGGAAGUAUAUCAGGCACUUUGUAAAACUGGAACAGGCUUUACGGAUCAGGCUCUGAAGGAUUUGCACGACUCACUUCAGAAGGAUAUUACGAAAACUAAGCCAAGUUUCUACGACGUUUCAGAAAAAAUGGAGCCGGAUGUGUGGUUUUUACCUAAAAAAGUCUGGGAGUGUAAAGCCGCAGAUUUGUCCCUUUCACCAGUUUACACUGCCGCAAAUAGAUUAAACGCAAAUGAAAAGGGGAUUGGAUUGAGGUUUCCUAGAUUCUUAAGGGUUAGAGAAGAUAAGAAACCAGAAGAAGCUACCACAAGUGAUCAAAUUUUUGACAUGUAUAUGAACCAAUUUAACAAAUAA